CCAACUGUUGUUGCCACUAUUUGUUUACUAAAUACAUAAAUGGAAUGUCUACAGGAGACUUAGGUGUAAACGUGCGCCUGCACAAACUGGGUUCAAAAUUCGAUGGCGAAUUUCCCCACUUUAGCCGGCCCGACCCAAUUGGCUUUUACAGCGUCGAUGAGGCAGGCGAGUUUCAGGACAAUGCCAGCAAUCUGACCUACCUACGCCUGCCACACAUAAGCUCUCUGCCAUUGGACCUCAAUGCUGGCAUUGAAAAGGUGCAGCGCAAGCGCAUUGAUUCAGAUUACCGCGACAUUUUCCAGCUUUGCCAGUAUAUCUAUAACCAUCAGGAGCUAUUGCGGAAAUCGUCUACUGGUUGCCUGGUGUUAUCUGCCGACUUCGUUACCUUGCGCGGCAUUCUGCGCCAGAUUAUGUGCACACCAUACGAAAUAAACGGCGACUAUCGGCUAAUGGCCACACGAUUGAACGGCACCAUUUACAUAUCCAAGAUGCAAACCGACGAGCACAUCAAACGGGAGCAGUUGAGCAGGAAGAUGAAGAACAUGUGCUCUUGGGGCUUCAAGUUUGAGCAGUACUGUUCAACAUCUAAUCCCGCAGUCGCGCCCGAUACAAACGAGCCAGUUAAUGAAGCCAAGGAGUUCGCAUGCAUUUUCCGUAGCAAAUUAAACGGAUUACGCCUGAUGUACUGCGCUGAAAUGGAUUGCAUUAAGAGCGACGUUCAGAUGAACUUGAGCGACCCAAAACAAUUGCGAGCUGCCGAGUUUAUCGAGCUGAAGACAACAACGAACAAAAUGAAUGGUUACUGUCGAAGCUUAUUCAACAACUACAAGUCAUGCAAUUGGUGGAGCCAGUCAUUUCUAGUUGGCAUUGCUACAAUUAUUGCAGGCAAGCGCGACAACAAGGGGCUGACCCAUGUCAUCCAAGAAUAUAGCGUGGGCGAAUUGCAUCGGAAUAAGCCAUGGAGCGCAGCUGCGAUGACCAUAUUCCUCUCCGACUUUCUACAUGCACUCAAGACGUUAAUGGAGCACAUUGACGAUCCGCACGCUGUUCUCAUGCUGGAAUAUAAAGAUAAUCAGAAAAAAGUUAUGUACACGGUGAUAGAAGACGAGCCAUUAUUACCCGAGUGGUAUCGCCAACUGAUGCACGGAAAGAAAUAGACCUAAGCGAGGUUUUCUUUAGUAUAAUUGCAGUGUAAAAGAGUAGAUAUAUAUAUGUAUACUGACGUAA